UGGCGCUCAGCUGAGAGUCCCCGGCAGGAAGUUCCGCGGCUCCUUCGCUGGACGCUUCCCCGAGAUGCCUUUGCUGGUCAAUGGGGAGCGGGUCCGCUUGUCCCAGCCCACGAGGGAGCUGAUCUACACCUUCCCGGAGCUGGAGGAACAAGCCAAAGUCUUAAGAGGUCAGCCGGCUCAAUCGGUGGGCCCCAAAGGACUUCUCUACGUCCAACAGAGAGAAUUUGCAGCCACCACUCCUAAGGAUGCUUCUGUCUCUAUUCUCGGAUCGGAUGAUGCAACUACCUGCCACUUAGUGGUCCUCAGACACACAGGCAGCGGGGCUAUCUGUUUGACUCACUGCGAUGGAUCGGAUACGGAGACAGAAGUUUUGUUAAUUACAAAUGCAGUGAAAGUGCUUUCUCCUAACAUGGAAUGUGGAAGGUUGGAAGUACACCUGAUUGGAGGAUUCAGCGAUGACAGGCACUUAUCCCAGCGACUUACCAAUCAGCUCCUGAGAGCGUUUGACCGCUUGCAGGAUAAUGUCCAUUUAGUGACCUUCUGUGCGACAGAAUUAAAUGACCGGCAAGAGAAAGGGAAACAUUUGCCAUUCAUUUAUGGAAUUGCUGCGAAUGUUAAAACGGGAGAGAUUUUCCACGCAACGUUUCCAGACAAGGGGCCCGAUGUGGAUCUGCGGUCUGCCAGUAUCUUAACGGGAGCCAAGAUGGUUAACGUUUACGACUCGAGAAAGGAACAACUGUGUAUCGGCCCUUACUUUUGGAUGCCUUUCCCCCAUGUGGAUUUCUGGCUAGCCCAGGAUGAUCAGCACAUCUUGCAGAAUCUCUCGACGUCGCCUCUGGCUGAACCGCCUCACUUUGUUUCCCACAUUAGAGCGACUCUGAUGUACUUAAAAGAGCAUCCCUUUCCAGAUAAGACACUGUUUCCUAGCAGAAAACCUUGGCUGUACAGGAAAAACGAGAGUGGCCUAUGGGAGAAGGUCUCUUCCGACCAGGUGUGACUUUUGAAAGAGUCCAAGUGAGACUCUGAAGAUGUGUAUUGUGCCAAAGGAGGAACAGCCAUUCCGGAUGGCAGAGACUGAACGUGACUUCAAUGAAUAGCUUUUUUUCUUUUUGCUAAAAUGAAACAAGACUGUGGAAGCCGACCCUGUUUACACAGCGGCAUAUCCUGAAAAAGUUCUCAAAGACUCAAACAAUAACAAAGAUACGUAAGGUUUCUAUAUUUUUACUGGAUGAGAUUCUAUCUGUGUGGGAAUCAAGGUAUAAAGCAGGCCUCCCUGUAAUGCCACUGAGGAGGGUGCAAUAUCCUUCAGAUAUGCACAUCCUUCCCAAGUUCCGGGGUGCUGUUUGGAUUUGUGGGAGCUCUGAGCUAAGAGUCCUCUGUCAUUCUCCUCUUUCCCCGAGCCACGAAUGGCAGGCUUGCAGUGCUGUGUAUAGCAUUGUAAUUCUGGGUCCAGCCCUCAUUUUUUAAGUGCCCCCCACUGUAAGGUUGGUCUGGGGCAUUGCCAAAAAUUAAAAGGCCAGCUCGAGCCAGUUGCCCAGUGCUGCUUUCCCCCCUUAAUAGCUUUAUUUGAAACAGGUGGGUUUUCGGCUAGUAUACAACAUCUCUGGAUUAUUUGUGGCAAUCUGGGGAGCAGUUUGCCUGCAUGCAAGGAACUCACUGCACAGCUAUCUGCAGAAGGAACUGGAGCCCAAAGCAAAAUUAUGGCCUUAAGGGGAAAGAUCUCAAAUCGAUGCUCAGAAAAGCAAUCUGCACUUAUCUAAGGGAAGUAAAUUGUACACAAGAGAAAGGUAACAUGCUUUUGCCAAUACAGUGAUUGACAGGUGACUUUACAGGGAUGUGUAACUUUUGUCCCUGCAGACUUCAACUCCCAUCAACCCCAACCAGCAUGGCCAAUGGUCAGGGAUGAUGGGAGUUGCCAAUUCCAUGGAUAUGAAUGGGAAACCCUUUUCAGGGUAGCAGGAAGAUAGACAUGCGCCUGAACAUGAAAGUUUAUUUUCCUCUCGAACUGCUUACAUGUGAAAACUUAGACACAAACCCAGAUACUAACAAGUUGAAGAACCUUUAUUGAAGCAUUUGGGAAGUAUCUAAAUUAGGUCUGUAUCCCAGCAAAACUGCUGGCUUAACAAUAUAAAAACAUUAAAAUUUGUAUUAACGAUUAUAACUUCAACCCAUUUCUCCUCAGUGAACCCCAAGUUAAUAUUCAUUUUACCAAAUAAAAUGCCAAGGAAGACGAGAAUUUGUACUUUAAAAACAAAACAAAACACCCCAGUUCUUAUUUAAACAAAGCUAACCUAUUAAGGUUGUCUCUUUUUUUAAGGAUUCCCAGUUCCUUAAAGAACGAAUCAACAGUACACUUAACAGUAGUCCUCAUUACACACCAAGGCGAUACCCAAUGCAUUUUGCUCAUCAAAAUCCACUAGCAAAGAAAAGACUUUGAAGGAUAUUACAAGCCUGUUGUCAAAGAAAUUUGCUUCCUUGGGCCAAGGACCAAACCAGAUAUUGCAACGACCAUCACUUGAACUUCUCCCGAUUCCCUCACACCAUCUACCUUCUCCACGCCUGGCACACAUAACUGACUGCUAAUGCAACUUGGACCACAAGUUACUAUCUUGUGGGAAAUUAGGUGCAUUUUGCCUUCAGUCUGACCUUCGGCUUUUAUGUAUUUUCACUAUGUGUUUGGUUACUUGAGUUUCAAAGCAGUUCCACUCUAGGUUCAGACAAGCAACUUCUUCCACUAUGACGUGGUGGGACUCCUCUUGUGUUGAAUGUUCAUUUUCUGUGCCUGGGUGUAGCCACUGCUUUAUUUUGGAAGGCAAAAUAUAAUCAGUGUAAUAUUCCCUUGCAAACUGCCAUUCAGUAUCCGUGCGAGUAUAGGAUUAACACCGCCGGGUUGCGUAGAAUUAGGCGGUAGUUCGUUACCAGUCAUUUCAAGGAGAAGCUAUUAACUCCAGGAAA